GCGCGCGCAUCACAUAGCCUUGCCUAUAUAAACCUUCGGGAUUCGGGAAUAAAAACAAGACGUACAACAAGAACCAAGUGAAAACCUGGGAAGCAAGCCUGCCGCGAAAUGGCCAACAUACUGAGACCCUGGUUGAUCCUCGUAGCCCUCCUCGUGUGCGUGCUGGUUAGUCUGGGCACCUUCGCAGAUGCCUACCCGCCCAAGCCUGUGAGCCCUGACAACAACGCGCCUCCGGAGGAAUGGGCCAGAUACAACACGGCGCUGCGACACUACAUAAACCUCAUUACUAGACAGAGGUAUGGGAAGAGGUCUUCCCCUGAGUCAGCUAUGGCGUGGUUGCUGUUUGGAGACGAGUCAGAAGGCGACUUAACAACACGUUCAGAUGGCAGUGAUCUAUGGUAAAUAUCGUACCUCUGGUGUGCUGCUCUGCUGUUCCACUUAAAUGGUGGGCCUGACAACAACUCAAACAGGCUGCUCAACUGGAAGCCUUCACUGGACUGUACGGCCCACUACUUCUGUCCGACACGCAUGCCUCCCUCUAUCUCUCUGUCUCUCUCUUAUCCUGUAAAUAAUGUGUUAUUAAAUUAAAUAAUGAAUAAUAAGAAAUUCAUGUGUAAUAAUACAUCUGGUUUCAGUUAGUUUUAGUUGACCUUUUGGUUCACAAGCCAUGAUUGGAAAUAAAUGAUCCUAGACC